ACAAUCAAAUGAAUGUUUUGACGUAUCCAAUUUGGUAGCAUAAAACAUAAUCGGGUCAACCAUGAUGUCAUAUCAUUAGCUUAAUUUUAAAAGUGACGUACCAUUUCUACACGAAAUUCGGUGGACCGAGCACCUAUUUAUUGUAUUUAGUUAUUUUUGUUCGUCUAGUGUAUAAAAAUGUCGUACUUUCAAUCGAGAUACUCUGGUUCAGCGCCACCUCCACCUUUAGGCGACAAGCUUCGUCUCUACCAUGUAGAUAUGAACCCUUACGGCCACAGAGUCCUGCUCAUUCUGGAGGCUAAGAAAACUAAAUACGAGGUUUACAAGCUAGAUCCACUGAGGCUGCCUGACUGGUUCAGAACUGCUAAUCCUAGAUUGAAAAUACCAGUGCUGGAAAUUCCCACCGACCAAGGGGACAAGUUUUUGUUCGAGAGUGUGGUGAUAUGCGACUACUUGGACGAGAAAUACGGACGGGGGCAGUUGCACUCCCGGGACCCUUACGUUAAGGCGCAGGACAGGCUGCUGAUUGAGAGGUUUAAUGAGCUUAUAAAAGGCAGUCUAGAGUGCUUCGACACAAACUUCGCCUACGGCAGUGAACAGAUCGUGCAAACCUUAGAUAUCUUCGAAAAGGAACUCACUGCGAGAGGUACAAAUUAUUUCGGUGGCGACCGUCCCGGCAUGCUGGACUACAUGAUCUGGCCGUGGGUCGAGCGCCUGUAUCUGCUGCGAUGCAUCAACGAGAAGAAGUUCGACGAGAAACGAUCCCUUUUCCCUAACUUUGCCGAUUGGGGCGACCAAAUGCAGUUGGAUGAAGUGGUGAAAAAGCAUGCCAACUCUCCAGCCGAAUACUUCGACUACUACAAAAACGCCAGGACACAUUCAAUGGGAUAUUAUCUUUAAGAAAAUAGACUUCAAAGCAUAGAAAAAGACAAACGUUUCACUAGAAAAGUUAUAAAAAAAGUGAAAAUGUAGGAUCUUUUUCUCAAGCUGUCCCAUCUUUGGUUGGUAUUUUACCUGUCAAAUUUCUUGGUGUGCAUUUAUUCUCACUCUCUCACUAAGCGAAAUGUGAGACGUAAAAACAUAUUGCACAAAGAAAUUGACCAGGUGUAAUACCACCCUUAUACAUGAUAUCAAGCUUGUAUAAAAAUCCUUGGCAUAAAUUAUCGAAAUAUCAAAGUUUUUUUGUAAAAGAGUUGGCACAAACGCUUCAGGAUAUGAUUAUAUACGGGCUUCAGCUAAUAUUUUAGUAAAAUGUACAUGAUUUUUCGUUUGGGAAUGGAGAGAAAUGUACUUCGGUCUUAGAAGUAUUUUUUCAAUGAAAGCGCUUAUGUAUGUAUCACAAUUUUUGUAAAAAUAAUUAGUCAAUUUUAAGGUUUUUGUGGGGGGUCUUUAGCCUCCAGCACGUCAAAUAUAAGAAUAUUUGAGUUUUACUCUGCACUCAAAUUGUAUAAAUAAGCGCGUAGGUGAAAUACAAUAAGUAUAAUGAUUAUGUAUGAAGUACAAACAUUAACUUAAAAAACAUAUUUUUUUAAGUUAUUACUUUUUACCAUUUGACCUCGCCGUAUUGGAUAAUUAAACUCAGCAGAUGGCCAGAUGCAGUUAUUUAUUUUAGUAUUUUAUUUUGUCUUAGUACACGGGUUUGAGAUUUUUGAAAAUAUUGUUUAUGUUUAUUUUUCAUACAUUUGUUGCUAAAGUUAUUUUUGUCCGUCCCUUUAGUUACUUUUAUAAAAUAUAUAUUUUUUGAUGUUGC